AUGGCUCGAUCAAAAAUAAAUGAAUAUUUCAAAACCCAGAUAGAUGAAUUAAGAUUAUUUGCCCGUGAAAUUCAUGAAACACCCAUAUUUAAGUUGGAUACAACAUCGUUUAACGAAGAAGAUAUGAUUGAUGAUGUGGAAUUGAAGGAACAUGUUAUAAUUGGACGAAUAUUUCCUAAUGCGGAUAUAUUUAAAGAAGGUGCAUUUCAAAUUCAAAUAAAAAUACCUCCAUACUAUCCAUUAAAUCCACCGAAAGUAUAUUUUAUAACUCCUAUCUAUCAUCCUAGUGUUGGAAAAGAUGAAGUAGUUCAAGAAUAUGCAAAAAACCGAAGUGAAUUCAAUCGUAAAGCGUUGGAAAUGGUCAAGAAACAUGCAUUACCACGAAAUUAA